GAUUGAUGAACAAGAAUUCAUGCACAAAGAACUCAAGAAUAAGUAACACAAUUUAUAUGAAUCAUAUCAAUGAUCGACUUGUCAUGGCCGAUUACCUCAACUCCUUCUUUCAGUCUUUAGACAUUAGCGACUUCGACGCUAUUCUCAUCUUCUACGGCCCUAUUCCCUUUCGUCUUAUUAAGAUCCCCGAUGAUCGACCUGAGUUCUGGUGUCCAGAGUCUCCGGCAUUGGGGAUCUGCCGAUCGGCUGAGCUAUACUGAGCAGAGUUCGCGGAAGGCUCAAAGCCUUCGCUUCCCCCCUCCAACAGGACGCCAGUCAAUCGCCUUUCCCCCAGCCCUUUGAACGGUCCUGAGAG